ACUUUUGUUCAUAAUUCACAGGAAUUGUGGCUGAAAAAUGAUAUGUUGAUAGCUCGAGUUUUGUAUACAGAUCAAUACACAGCAAGCAUUGUGGGUGUCUGCUGGUUGGAGACUCCUCUCGUUAUAGUCCGAUCGAUCGCAUACCAGUCGAGUGUGUCGCUGGGUGUUGAUCAUCAUGUUGGGAGUGUUCAGUGGAGAUGUGGUGGACGUUCCGGGGGAACUAAUGGCGGUCGGCAGCAGCACGCCCUGCCCCAAGACCCCGGCGUCGGAGCUGGUGAACCGAUUCCUCGAGUGCACACCUCCGGUGAUGUUGCUCAAGGUCGGUGGCUUCGGCCACCUCGCUUUUCGCCCCAUCUCCAAAUCCUCCAUUCAUACCAGGUUUGCAGCGGAGGAUGCGAUACAGUGCCUCUUCAAGGGAGUGCUGACCAACCUGGGGAGCUUGAGGCAUCAGUACGACCUCCGUAACAGCGACGACGAGGCGGUGACGGUGAUCAAGGCCUACAAGGUCAUCCGCGACCGAUCACCAUACCCUCCCAACUUGUUGCUCUCACACCUCUCCGGCAGUUUCGCCCUCGUGCUCUUCGACAUGAAUUCCUCCUCCAUCCUCGUCGCAUCGGACGUAGAUGGGAGGGUUCCCUUGUUCUGGGGGAUCACAUCUGAUGGAUGCCUCGCCGUCUCUGACGAUCUGGAGGUGCUGAAAGGAUCAUGUGGGAAAUCUCUCGCACCAUUCCCCCCAGGAUGUUUCUAUUCGAAUACAUUGGGAGGACUGAAGAGCUAUCACAGCCCCGGGGACAGGGUGAUUGCUGUUCUAGGGAGUGAGGAAGACGUAUGUGGUGUCACUUUCAAGGUGGAAAGAUCUGCGGACAGGAAAUGAAGUCCCACUUCAUGUCAGGGUUGAGGCAGAGGGCCAUUUCCUUCCAGAAUAACAAGUCAUGGAUGUGUAGUAUUGUGUUGAUAUCUGUUUCUUUCAUGGUGUGAUGUCUUCGUCGGAA